UUAUUCCUUUCUUACUUCAUUCCAAACUCUUUCCAUUACGAAGUAUAAGUAAAUACUAAAUAGACCUAAAUUUAUGUAUUCUUCCUACAGUGUUGUCUCUCUGUCUCACCUCAAUACAUAUUAUAUAUAUGUGCAUUACAUGUUUAUUUAUUUAUUAUUCUCACCAUUUUAGCUCUAAUUGGUAAACUUUCCAUGUGCAGCACAUGCCAGCCAAUUCCUUUCAUUGAACCAUUAAAGCUCAUCAACCCAAUAAUAUAUUCAGUCUCACAACCACAACCACAACCACAACCAUAGCCAAUCUCACCUUUCUUCUUUCCUACAUCUUUCUUCAUUCAGAUCUCAUAUGGGUCUAUCUCUAACCAGAAAAACGACAACAAUACUAAUACCAUUGCUGUCGUUCUCAGCAUUCUUCUUUCUCCAAACAGAUCGCAAGAUCACAGAAUGGACUGCUCUUCACUACAUGUCAGUGCUGGCUCUUUUGGGUGUUGUUAUGGCAAUUGGGUUGGGGCUGGUGGCCGCCGCCAGGGCCACCAUGGUGACGUGUAUCACCGUCUUAGUGCUUCUGACCGUCGCCGGGAACCGCCGCCGGGUUUUGGUCAAACGGGGGAGAAAGAUCACCAAUGAUGUGGCAAUGUUCUUGGUUGGAGUUUUGGUCAAAGACAAGGGCUUUGUUGCUGUGGCUUGUGCAACCCUUUUCAGCAUCAUGGCUCUCGUUGGCAUCAUCAUUUGAUUUCAUAAUAAGCUUGAAAUGUUAAUAGCUUCAUUUUCUUUUUUGGUUGUAAACUAUAAAGAAAUGAAUUAAGGUGGUUUUUUUUCAAUCUUAAUUUUCUAGUUUUUCUUUGGAUUUUUGGAGAUGAUUCUUGAUACGGUUCAUUUGGAUUUUACUUUAUAUAUUAAAUGUACAAAUAUGAAAAAUCACCUUGUGAUAGCAUUGUAUAAUAUAUUAUGUUCAUUAAUGUUUAAAUAA